CCUGUGUCAGGUGUGUGUGUAAACUGAGCGGCAGCACAGGCAGGGCAGACUGAGAGGCUAAGCUGCUCCAUGCUCGUCUAGAACACACUACUCCUGAUGGUCCUACACACACACCCGGUGAAUCUGACACCACAGAUUCUACAAAUCUCUAACUACGGAUUCUACACGUUUCCAAACACCGCGAAGAGUUGAGACGAACAUGUGACAGUUGAGGCGAGUCCCCUUCUGUCUCUCUGUUCUCUCUAGCGCUCUUGAUCUGUCUCUCUGGAACAGUACUGAACUCUAGGAUUACCUGUGCAAGGAAAACAUUUGGGACACUCAAGGAGGAGAGGGAAGUCUUAAAUCCUAGUCCUAGUAAAAGCUGACCAAACAAAAGUCUCCCUCCACCAUACACCCAGUCACAGCUUGCAAGCUCCACUCAUAGCCAUCACUGCCAUAUUUAACUGUGAUGGAAACAGUGGAGUCAGAUUGCAUGGAAACAGCAGUUGGUGAUGCCAUAGUAGAUGAGGAGGAAGUGGCAGUCGCCAUGGCUAUCAAUGAUGCAACAGAAGUGGGGCGAGAAGAAGGAGGCGCCAUGGCAAUUGGUGAUGCUCUGUUUGAGCAGCCGAAAGAAGAAGCAGGUGCCACAGCGAUGCCGACUGGUGAUUCUGCAGAAAUGACAAGUACAGGUGCCACAUUGACCCAAUGGUAUGGUGCCUCAGAGACCCCAUUCGAUGAUGCUACAACGAUGCCAAGCAGUGGUGCUACACCAAUUCUAAUUGAUGGUGUUACAGCGAUGCCAGUUGAUGGUGACAUGGAAUUGCCCAGCAAUAAUGCCAGAGCAACACCAACCUCCGGGGCUAUGGCCAUGCCAGCUGAAGGUGCCAUAGCGAUGCCAUAUGAUGGUGGCAUGGAAUUGCCAAGCAACAGUGCCACAGCAACACCAACCACCGGUGCUACGGCCAUGCCAGCUGAUGGUGCCAUAGCGAUGCCAUUUGAUGGCGGCAUGGAAUUGCCAAGCAACAGGGCCACAGCAACACCAACCACCGGUGCUAUGGCCAUGCCAGCUGAUGGUGCCAUAGCGAUGCCAUUUGAUGGUGGCAUGGAAUUGCCAAGCAACAGUGCCACAGCAACACCAACCACCGGUGCUACGGCCAUGCCAGCUGAUGGUGCCACAGCAAUGAUAUUUGAUUGUGGCAUGGAAUUGCCAAGCAACAGUGCCACAGCAACACCAACCACCGGUGCUACGGCCAUGCCAGCUGAUGGUGCCACAGCAAUGAUAUUUGAUCGUGGCAUGGAAUUGCCAAGCAACAGUGCCACAGCAACACCAACCACCGGUGCUACGGCCAUGCCAGCUGAUGGUGCCACAGCAAUGCCAUUUGAUGGUGGCAUGGAAUUGCCAAGCAAUAGUGCCACAGCAACACCAACCACCGGUGCUACGGCCAUGCCAGCUGAUGGUGCCACAGCAAUGAUGUUCAGUGUUGCCAUGGACUGUGAACCCUCCACCACUGGUGUGGAUCUGUGCAAGGUCUGCGGGCAGUGUCACUUACUGGAUGAGAACCAUGAGUACAACUACAAAGACGAGGUGGAUGAUGAGCUCACAUGCCACAUCUGCCUUCAGCCCCUAAUCUCCCCAUUGGACACACCAUGUGGACAUACCUACUGCCAGGAAUGUCUGACCAACUUCCUUGUAGAGAGUGAUUUCUGCCCAGUGGACCGUGUGCCCAUCCUGCUGCAGAACUGCCGCAAAUCCAAUGUGCUCGUAAACAAGCUGCUGGACAAGCUGACCGUGUUCUGCCCGUUCGGGGAGCACUGUUCUGAGACCAUGGCGAGGGGAGAGCUGCAGGGGCAUCUCUUGAGCAGAUGUAAAGGAGCGUCACAUUAUGGCCUGUCGGCUGAGAGAAAGCGCCGCUCGCAGGAAGGAGAGUGUACUGACAGCACAUCAGAGCUCGCUCUGGCAGCCCUGCCUGCUGAUGGCCCCGCCUCCAGUGCCAUGGCCCUUCUAUCAGACGAGCCUGGCCUCGUCAACCCUGCCUACGAGCCUGGCAUGGAGGACAACAGCCAAUCAGGGAGCACCACCAGCCUGACAACACGCAGCAACUCUAAGAAGAGUGAGUUCCGUAACUUCGACCGCUCGUCUGUGAGGAGUCGCUCGUUCCGGCGUCUGAACAGGGCGUUCAGCGUGCUCAGGAGGACCAAGAGCGGCACAGCAGUGGUCCACGACAACACAGAGGAAAGAGACAACUUCAGAAAUGCCAGCGUACCACAAGAAGUUUUUGCUCUGCCUCAGCUCCAUCAUCUUAUUCCGGAUGGUGAGAUCACCACGGUUAAGAUCACGCGCUCUGACCCCUGUGAGCCGUUGGCCAUCAGCAUCGUGGGGGGAAAUGAGACCCCUCUUGUGCGCAUCCUUAUCCAGGACAUCUAUAGAGAAGGAGUCAUUGCCCGCGAUGGAAGACUGCUGCCUGGAGACAUGAUCCUCAAGGUGAACGGUAUCGACAUCACCAAUGUCCCGCACUGCUACGCCCUUGCAGCUCUGAAGCGUCCCUGCAUGCUGCUCAGGCUGACCGUGCUGCGUGAACAGCGCCAUCGUUACCGUGGGCAUCACCACCACCACCAUCACGUGCCUCAGCCGGGCGAGCUGCUUUACCCGGGCUCUGGCGGCAGCGUGAGGGACGACAGUCUGCACGUGGUGCUGCUGAAGGGUGCGCCCGACGAGCAGCUGGGUAUCAAGCUUGUGCGCCGACCCAACGAGCACGGCGUCUUCAUCUUCCACCUGCUAGAAGGAGGUCUGGCGGCACAGGACGGGCGUCUGCGUAUCGACGACCGCGUGCUUGCUAUCAAUGGACACGACCUGCGUUAUGGUGCUCCCGAGCAUGCUGCGCUGCUCAUACAGGCAAGUGUGGAGCGAGUGCACUUCAUCGUGUCGAGGCAGACUCGCGUGCCUGCCCCGGAUAUACUACAGGAGGCGCCAUGGAACAUGGAGGGACCCCCACCCUACUCCGCUGUGGACAUUGAGCAAUCACUGGUGGACUCGUGCCAAAAGCCCGGGUGUUAUGAGAAGACGGUGACUCUGGCUAAAGAGUCUAACGAGUCGCUGGGCAUGACUGUAGCAGGAGGAAUGAACAGCCACGGCUGGGACCUGCCUGUCUACAUCACCAACAUUGACCCCAGUGGCGUCGUGGCCCGUGAAGGCUCCAUCCACAAAGGUGAUAUCCUGUUGAACGUGAAUGGCGUGGACCUGACUGGUGUGACUCGAGGCGAGGCGGUGGCUAACCUGAAGAACACCUCGUCCCCGGUGGUGCUGCGUGUGCUGGAGAUGAGACCACCUGACAUGAGCUCGGUGGACUGCAUGCCCCCCGCCGUGUCCUUGCCAUCCUCGCCCGGAGACGUCAAAAUGCCACUGCCCCACGAUGAUUACUCACCCCUAUGGGUGUCCUGGCUUCAGCUGCCCAGACACCUGUACAGCUGUAAGGACAUUGUGUUGCGCAGGAGCACUUCAGGAAGUUUGGGCUUCAGUAUCGUAGGAGGUCAAGAGGAGCUCAACUGCAAUCAGUCCUUCUUUAUCCGCUCCAUCGUGGAGGGAACACCAGCGUACAAUGACGGCAGGAUACGGUGUGGAGACAUCCUGCUGGAGGUGAAUGGAAAGAGCACAUGGGGAAUGACUCACACUGCUCUAGUGCGCCUGCUGAAGGAACUGAGGGGCCGCAUUACUCUCACCAUCGUCUCCUGGCCUGGCAGCCUGCUAUAGGCCCAUGUUGCGUAGGGGAGGGGCUUAUUACAAUGACCCUAUGUUGGAGGUUGGAGUAUCACAACACAGGACAUGAUCCCUGCCCACAAUGAAUGGGCUUUUGGACAUGGACUUCCAUGGUAGGCAAGUCGUAUGAAAUGGGCCAGCGCCGUAGGACGUGGGGCAAGGUGCUUUGGCCUCGUCCAGGUAUGAGGGACUGACAUGGAUCUCAGAUGCUGAAGGUGGGACGUAUGAUAGACUCUCUUCACGUGAGGACUCACCAAAGGUGUUAGCCAUUGGAAAGAUCAGUGAUCAUCCAGUGUGUAGGUGAUUCAGGUUGAACACCCAAGAGUCAGUGUGAUAUUGCUAUUGCCAUAAUUUAUUUGGUUGCCUGUGCACUCGAUAGCCCCCGCCUUCGCUGAUAUGAUCAUUUAGGCACAGGAAGCAGACCCCUGCACCCUCUGUCACUGAGGCCACAUACGCAAGGAGCUGAUAACAAAAAGAAGCACCUAGAAGAACCAUGGUCACACAUUAUGAGGAUAUGAUAUAUGUGUGAUAAAGUGUAUAUAAAAAAUACUCCUCUGUGGGCAAUGUGCAAACAUAUUUCAUAAGUGUUGCUGCUUUGAGGUGGAAAAGAAAGGACUUCUGGGAUAAAGUUCAGAGUUUGGGGUUGCCAACUCCAUUAGUUUCUGUGCUAGAACACACAUUUAAGUGGGCACACUUUUCUUUCCUGUGAAUGUUAGUGUGUGUAGUGGGGGUGGGGGAGGGAGAGACCAAUUCAAGCGUUCGUACUAUGUACUAUGGCGACUGUUUCUUUCAUUUGUUUAUUUACUUCAUAUGGCCUUUUUGGAUAUUGGCUUCGCUUUGUUCGUUCUGACAGCAAUGCGUUUUCUCCACUGGAGAAAGUAGGUUUGUUUUUGUCUGUGUUGGUAUGUUUCAGAUGCUGUUGCAAAGAAAAUAUAUAUCUUUGAGUAUUAUGAAAAAAAAAAAAAAAAAGAAAGAAAUCAGCUAAAUAAAAUAUAAAUAAAUAUUGUUCAUAACGCUUUUUAAAAAAAGGAUAUACACACACACACACACACACACACAGGUGCUUGAAAGUUUAUGAACCCUUUAAAAUGUUCUAUAGUUCUGCAUAAGUAUGACAUCAAACAUCAUCGGAAGUCUUAAAAUUAGAUAAAGAGAACCCAAUUAAACAAAUAGGACAAAAAUAUUAUACUUGGUCAUUUAUUUAUUGAGGAAAAUUAUCCAAGUUUAAUAUUUUUGUUUAACUGGGUUCUCUUUGUCUACGUUUAGGACUUCUGAUGCAGAUAUAUAGAACAUUUUAAAUGGUUCACAAACUUUCAAGCACCACAGUAUGAGAGAUUAUAUAUAUAUAUAUAUAUACACAUACAUAUAUACACACACACACACACACACACACACACACACACAGUCAUGUGAGAAAAUAAGUGCACCCCAUGGAAAUUGUUGGCUUUUUUGGAGAAGCAAACAUUUGAUCCUCUUUGACACAGGGCCUAUUGAUAAAGUGUUUAUAUAUAUAUAUAUAUAUAUAUAAAUAAAUAAAAUAUACACAUAUACAGACACGCACACACACUGCAUCCGGAAAGUAUUCACAGCGCUUCACUUUUUCCACAUUUUGUUAUGUUACAGCCUUAUUCCAAAAUGGGUUAAAUUCAUUAUCUUCCUCGACAUUCUACAAACAAUACCCCAUAAUGACAACGUGAAAGAAGUUUGUUUGAAAUCUUUGCAAAUUUAUUAAAAAUAAAAAACAAAAAAUAGCACAAGUACAUAAGUAUUCACAGCCUUUGCUCGAUACUUUGUUGAAGCACCUCUGGCACCAAUUACAGCCUCAAGUCUUUUUGAGGAGCAGGUUUUCAUCAAGGAUGUCUCUGUACAUUGCUGCAUUCAUCUUUCCCUCGAUCCUGACUAGUCUCCCAGUUCCUGCCGCUGAAAAACAUCCCCACAGCAUGAUGCUGCCACCACCAUGCUUCACUGUAGGGAUGGUAUUGGCCAGGUGAUGACUGGUGCCUGGUUUCCUUCAGACAUGACACUUGCCAUUCAGGCCAAAGAGUUCAAUCUUUGUUUCAUCAGACCAGAGAAUUUUGUUUCAUCAUGGUCCGAGAGUCCUUCAUGUGCCUUUUACUGAGGAGUGGCUUCAGUCUGGCCACUCUACCAUUCAGGCCUGAUUGGUGGAGUGCUGCAGAGAUGGUUGUUUUUCUGGAAGGUUCUCCUCUCUCCACAGAGACACGCUGGAGCUCUGUCAGAGUGACCAUUGGCUUUUUGGUCACCUCCCCGUCUAAGGCCCUUCUCCCCCGAUCGCUCAGUUAGGCCGGGCGGCCAGCUCUAGGAAGAGUCCUGCUGGUUCCAAACUUCCUCCAUUUACGGAUGAUGGAGGCCACUGUGCUCACUGGGACUUUCAAUGCUGCAGAAAUGUUUCUGUACCCUUCCCCAGAUCUGUGCCUCAAUACAGCCCUGUCUCGGAGGUCUACAGACAAUUCCCUGGUCUUCAUGGCUUGGUUUGUGCUCUGACAUGCAUUGUUAACUGUGGGACCUUAUAUAGUCAGGAGUGUGCCUUUCCAAAUCAUGUCCAAUCAACUGAAUUUCCCACAGGUGGACUCCAAUCGAGUUGUAGAAACAUCUCAAGGAUGAUCAGUGGAAACAGGAUGCACCUGAGCUCAAUUUUGGGUGUCAUGGCAAAGGCUGUGAAUUCUAAUGUACAUGUGCUUUUUUUUUUUUUUUUUUUUAAUAAAUUUGCAAAGAUUUCAAACAAACUUCUUUCACGUUGUUAUUAUGGGGUAUUGUUUGUAGAAUUUUGAGGAAAAUAAUGAAUUUAAUCCAUUUUGGAAUAAGGCUGUAACAUAACAAAAUGUGGGAAAAGUGAAGCGCUGUGAAUACUUUCCGGAUGCACUGUAUAUGUAUAUAUAUAUGUGUGUGUGUGUGUGCGCGCGCGCUUAUAGUACUGUGAGUUUGGCGGCCUUGCUUUGCUGAUUUUGCGUUUUGGAGAUGAGACAAAAGAUGGCACACACAUCCAUGGAGAUAUAUUUUCAUGUCUGCAGGUCAUUGUGGAAAGCCAUGUGGUCUAGUGUCUCAUGCUAUGGCUUAUGAAGCAUUCUGUAUCUGAUGAUACUUUUGGUUCAAUCAAAUAAAAUUAUUCUAUAAGGAAA